GAGAGGCUGGGACGGACGUUUCAGCCCCCCCUUCCCCUCCCCCCUUUUUUGGCCACACAAAUCUUCAAGAAAAUUUGUUAGAAUAUACCUUAGGUCGCCAGCUGAGAUAAUGUAAUGCUUCAGGGGCGUACGCAAAGAGGGAGCUCCGCACUGACACAAUUUAUAUGAGCCUUGAGUGACGAUUGCUCGCUGCUAGCUAACUGGCCAAGCUAGCCUUAGCUGAUCCGCCGCAAACUCCCCUCACUUUUCGUCGGUGUAAGUGAACCUCCCCGGUGUGAACUGCGGCCAGUCACUGUCGCAGAUUCCGUUGCUGUCAACCGGUAUUUCGGCUAUUUGGUUUUAAGAAGGAAAGAAUGGGGGCUUUCCUUGACAAGCCAAAGAUGGAAAAAUAUAAUUCCCAUGGUGAGGGUAAUCACCUGAUGUAUGGGCUGAGCAGCAUGCAGGGUUGGCGGGUAGAGAUGGAAGAUGCACACACAGCAGUAAUUGGUUUGCCUCAUGGUCUCGACCUUUGGUCGUUCUUUGCUGUUUAUGAUGGGCAUGCUGGCUCUCAGGUGGCCAAGUACUGCUGUGAGCACCUGCUGGAGCACAUCACCAGCAACUCAGACUUCCAGAGUGCUCUGCAGGAGGAUACUUCUGUGGAUAGCGUGAAGAAAGGGAUCCGCACAGGUUUCCUGCAGAUUGAUGAACACAUGCGAACCAUCUCUGAGAAGAAGCACGGUGUGGACCGUAGUGGCUCCACUGCAGUGGGAGUGAUGAUUUCACCAAGCCAUGUCUACUUUAUUAACUGUGGCGACUCACGAGGACUCCUCAGCCGGGGCUCAGCUGUCCACUUCUUCACACAGGAUCACAAACCCAGCAACCCUCUGGAAAAGGAAAGGAUCCAAAAUGCUGGUGGCUCAGUUAUGAUCCAGCGAGUUAAUGGGUCCCUAGCUGUGUCCCGGGCUCUGGGAGACUUCGACUACAAGUGUGUGCAUGGAAAAGGUCCGACAGAGCAGCUUGUCUCUCCUGAGCCUGAAGUUUAUGCAAUAGAGAGAAGCGAGGCAGAAGAUGAAUUCAUUAUACUAGCUUGUGAUGGCAUCUGGGAUGUCAUGGCCAAUGAAGAACUAUGUGACUUUGUCAGGUCAAGGCUAGAGGUGACAGAUGAUCUUGAAAGAGUCAGCAAUGAAAUUCUUGACACCUGCUUGUACAAGGGAAGCCGGGACAAUAUGAGUGUUGUGUUAAUCUGCUUUCCUGGGGCCCCAAAGGUAUCUCCAGAAGCAGUGAAACGGGAGGCUGAGCUGGAUAAAUAUCUGGAGGCCAGAGUAGAAGAGAUCAUCAAAAAGCAGGGUGAUGAAGGUGUCCCGGAUUUGGUCCAUGUAAUGCGGACGUUAGCAUCUGAGAGCAUCCCUAACCUCCCUCCUGGUGGAGAGCUGGCAAGCAAACGAAGUGUUAUUGAAGCAGUGUACAACAAGCUUAACCCCUACCGAAGUGAUGACACAGACUCUGCGUCCACAGACGACAUGUGGUAACACAACCUCCUACCACUAACACAGCAUAGAGUUUACAAACCACCAUCCUCUCAAGACCCACAGCAGCUCAGCUCAGCAGUCUGUCUCUCCGUCACUCUGAGCUUUUGGUUUCUAAGAAGGGAAUUUCAUGGGAGGAGGAGGAGAAGGAGGAGGAAGAGGAGUUGCAUGCACACAAACCUGGAAUAGUGCAGCACCAGUCCACUCUGGAGUUCAGGAUCCCCACUGUCUUGUCUCCCCUUUUUGUUCACCCACCUUAAUACUCUCCUCUAAAGUAAUCCAUAACAAGUGAGUCCACAAGUUUUUCUUUCUUUCUUUUUGGUUAAAUAAUCAGCUUAAGUAGUAAGAUUUUUUGCUGUAAUUAAUUUGAUUCACAUUUCCUUGUGUGUGUUUGUAUAUUUCUGUUUUUGUGAAGUGCAAUUGUCCUGUACAAACAGCCUGUAUUUAAUGCAGCUUGAUUUUAAGUUAAAAAAUGAAAGAAAUGAAAAAGAGAACCUUUUAUGCACUAUCUGCCUUUUCCUGCUCUUCUGGAAUUCUAACAAAUGUCUAUUCAGUGAAUAUUACUGCUUGUCCUCCAGGCACAAUGUCUCUCGCUUUUACUUUUCUUUAGUUUUUUUUUUCUUCAGUUAGUCUAUGCUCCUUUUUAAAAAAACGGGUAAAUUGUAUAGUUGACAGCACAGUAAGCUCUCUAUAUCAAACCAUUUAAAUCCUAAUUAUUUUUUCCCUGUGCUUUUUUUAUUGUAUUUUAAUUUUGUAUGUGGUUUUCUGUACAUGCUCAAAUAAUAAUGGCAAAGUGUUUUUCAGUCAUUUUUGGACGUGUGAAGUGAAAAAGCUUUCUUUAUUUUUUUCAUUUCUUCGAGGCAUCUGAUGAAAAAAAGACCCCUGUUUAACACGUUUGUCAGUGCGGAUAGAUACUUGCAAGCGUGCGUGGGUGCUUGUGUGUAUGUGUGUGCGCACGUGUGUUAGUGUAAAGGCAGAUUUGUAUGUGCAGCUGUUAAUUUAAAUUUGCUCAAGGUGGUUCAGACAGCAGACGAGGCUGGAGUUUAAGGGAAUCGCUAUGCCAAUGCUUGCCCCAUUGUCCGGCCUUCUAAGCUGGUGUCUCAUAUCGACCCAACACAGGCUUUCACUACUUCUUAUUCCAGAAGCUUUGGAUAACAGAGUUUACAUGCUGUUACGCUAUUUGAACAACUUCAAGCCAGAACUAUACUGUAACCUGAGAUGACACAGUUGACUAGUUUACACAUCUCCUGUGUCAUAUUUAAAUUUCAGUUUCUACACAUUAAUUGUAACCAGUGCCCACUGUGGGUGCCAUAUGAUUUUAUGAUCACUUGUUUCAGCUUUAUGACAGCCUAUGCCAAGUUUUUUUUUUCUUUUUUUUUUUUCAGUUUUUGUAUGUGGUACAGAUACUAUUUUAUCUUCUACCUUUAACAUGAUCUGGUAAUUUGACUGAUAUAAAUAGCUUAAGCACUGACUAUUUUAGAGAAAAUCACCCAUUACUAUUCUGAUGAUAAAGGAGGAUACACUGUUGACUCUAAAACCUUACAGGCUAUUGUUGUUUUGUUUGUUUUUUUUUGGUUUUUUUUACAUCAUCUUUAUUUGGACAUUCAAACUAAGAACAAAUCCGCUAACUGCAGUGAGUUCUCAUGGUUGUAUAGCAUCUUUUUAAUUCCCACCGGGUUUUCUCUGCUCAACAACCCCCUCCCCCCUCACGGCACCACAAGCCAGAGCACAAUACGGCUAUAGUGUUUGAUUCCUGAGUUGAUUUUCAGUUAAAAAAAAAAAUUCCCCUCUGAAAAGAUGACUAGUCACUGACUAAAUCUGUAUUUACCACACACAAUAGAUUUAUUUCUUGAAGAGAAAUGGUUUUAUUUCAGAUUUAUUUUCUGCCCUUUUUUUGCCUAAAAUUGCAUUGUUGGAAAUGUAUGUAUGUAUAUAUUUUUGACUUAAACUCUCAAGGAAUAAAUCAUGUUGCUUGAGUUAGUUUUUUGCCAUGGAUAGAAUGUGAUUCUGCUUUGUCUUGGGAUGGUUAGUUAAAUAUUUAGGAAAAGGUUUCUCUCUUCUAUCUCUUGGGUUUCUCUCUGAUCUUGAUCUUUGAAAUUGUCAUUUUAAAUAACACGAUGGUAAUAAUAUACUAAAAAUGUAAUUUUUCAUUUAUUAAAAUGACAAUCCUAAUUAUGUCACCACAUCUGGGUUUGUGGUGGGUAGCAAAUGAUGAAAUGUUAAACAACAGAUUUUAACUUUCACUAGAAUCCUAAAUGAGCUGCUCUCGAAUAUGCUUUAGUGACAAAAAGGCCAAAGACCACCCAGAUUUUGUAAGUGCAAAGCUUAUAUUAAAAAAAUUAUUAAUAUAAAAAGAGAACGUAUCUGUAACCAGGUGGAAGAUGUUGAAGUGUUAAGAUGUUCAGUCAUGUUAACUUUAAAGGUACCCUGUGGAGUUUUUGACCACCAGUGGUGCUGUAGAGAAAUGUUUUGAUGAGUGGGUCCUUGCUUUACUCAGAAGGAUGAAUGUACAGGGCACAAACAUGUGUGACGUAAUGUGCACUUCUGACUGUAGGGGGCAGUAAUGUGCAUACGAACGGUUGUGGCAAAUUGCCAAUGCGCUAAAAAAAGAUAAGACUGCAGGUUGAUGUAAAAGAUGCAGGUUUCAUGAGACGUGGAACGGUCUUUAAAAUGUUUAAGCCUUGAAGGCAUUAAAAAAAAAGCUUUUUUGAAAGAUUUUGCAUGUCAACUAAAUUCCGAGUUUAUAGUGGAAACUCCAUGUGGUACCUUUAAGCAGAUAAUGUCAUCUCUACUAAAAACGCCAUUAGCAGCACAAUCAUAAUAAAUCAGAUUUCCUGUUAAAGUGGUGGCUCACUAAAGCAAAACAUAUAUCCAUGAAACAGGGAACAUUUAUUUUUGUGGGUGUUUGUGUAGUUCACUGAAUUUAACUUUUUUCAGAAACAAAAAACAAACACAGUUUCCACAUUUUAAGUCUUCUGUUCAGAAUCCUUUUUUUAUAUGUUAGAAUAUAGUUGUGUAUUUCUACCAUGAUACUUACCAAUACUUAUACACUGACUGUACUUACGUCAUGUAAAAAAAAAACCCAACUCAUUCAUUAUUGUUAACAGACGAUUGGAGGAAACUUUUUGGGUUGUAUGAAAAUGCCUUUUUUAUGUAGAGAAGCAAUUUUUAUUGCAUCUGGAAGCUGUUUUACUUUUUUGCGCUGCAUUGCUUGUAUUUUUUUAAGCUAGUGUGCUAAAUGUCUCAUCAACUAGUUUUCAGCACCCCUUGUUGCUUGUCUGUUUGUUGCAGACGUGGUAGGUUUUGAUAACUCUGAAAGCAACAUUUUUUAAGCUCAAUAAGGAACAAAUAUAUAUUUCUUUGCCACUUGGGGCCAUCACCUAAUCUUUAUAUCUCCCCCUCCCCCAUGGACUGUCCUGCACUUGCCCCUCAAAAUCUACUUUUUUUUUUUAGGAUGUGGCCCUUAGAUGAUGCUGGUUUAAAAAAACGCAACUCAUUCCACGGAAUGAACAUAAAUGUAGAAAUAAACUUUUUUAAAUAUUCAGAAUUGCUGUAGUUGGAAUGUUAGCAGAUAUUUACAGUGGCUUGGCUGUGAUUUGUAAGGGUGUUUUUAUUUCCAUCGCAUCCCUUUUUACUCCCACAGCCCCAACAAAAAAAAAGAACAAAACAAACAAACAAAAAAAAAGACCCCAACAUCCUUUCUCCUUGUUUUGAUUUUUCAUGAAACUAAAAUACCUCAUAACAUUUAUAGGAAGUGUUUUGUCUUGUGUUCUGUAGAUCCAAACUGUUCAGAAAGCAGUUCACGUGUGCAGACUAAUGAGAGCAGUUUUCUUGUGUGCC